UAUAUGUAGAAAGAGAAAAUUGUUGGAGUGAUUGAUGAGUGAGAGAGAGAGAGAAGAGAGAGAAAGUAGCAGCAGAGAUUUUGAGCUUAGCUACAGUCAACGUGCCCCACCGUACCGGAUCUUUGACAACCCUCUUCACUCUCGGCGAACCGCUCGAUAAACCACCGGAAAAUCUCAUUUUCCGACGAUCUCCACCGCCGGAGAAGAUCACAUCUUUGUUUUCAAUUUCCUUCGGCAUUCAUGAAUGUCAGAGGGUUUUGAUACUCUGCGAGACCUUUCUGUCUCUAGAUUCAUCGUCUUUUCUCUCUAGGAAAAGCUUUAUGGAGUAUCUCUUUGUCUAAUUGUCUCUCCUUUUUACCUCCAUUUUUUUAUUCUUAAAAACUUUUUCUCUCUCCCUUUCGUCAACCGUAGGAACUGAAAGAAAGGCUAGAGAGAGAGAGAGUGAAAACGAUUGCUGCUCCUUUCUUUCGUUUCUCAGAAUCGAGAUUUCAGAGGUUUUGUGAUCAAUUCAAGGUAUGACCAAUGUGUUUCGCAUCAUAAAUCUUGGUGAAUCCCUAAUUUUACUGCUCAAUUUUGCAUUGCCAUUUUUGUUUACAAUUGAUGAAAAUGUCAAUGCGCAUGAAGAACGAGGUUUUUCGUCUUGAAAGAUCGUAGUCAUGGGGAGUAAUUUUGUUGUAUUAUUGGUGCUGUCGUUGUUGUUCCACAGUACAUUUGAACAACAGCAACAACCACCAUCAGUUCCAACCAGAUUUAGGGCAGAACGAGCAGCUCUGCUUCAACUCAGAUCAUCAUUAGGGUUAAGAUCACAACAAUGGCCGAUAAAAUCUAUUCCGUGUUUCAAUUGGGUCGGAAUCUCAUGCCAGAACGGUAGUGUUACCGGAAUCAACAUUUCAGGGUUUAAGCGAACACGAGCUGGAAGAAAAAACCCUCAAUUUGCAGUCGAUUCACUUGCGAAUUUAACCAAUUUGGUGUCCUUCAACGCUUCUCGAUUCACUCUACCUGGUUCAAUCCCUAACGGAUUAGGGCUUCAGCUUCAAACGCUUCAAGUUCUUGAUCUUAGAUUCUGUCAAAUCUCCGGUGCAAUUCCUUCUACUCUCGGGAACUUAUCUAAUCUUCAUGAAUUAUAUCUAUCAGAUAACUCUCUCACAGGCACCAUUCCAUCAACUUUAGGUCAAUUAUCGAAUCUUUCAGUUCUUGAUCUGUCCAGAAACUCCCUCACCGGAUUAAUCCCUUCAUCAUUCGGAUCAUUAUCCAAUCUCUCUUCACUCGACAUGUCUCUAAACUACUUAUCAGGAAUCAUCCCAGAAGCUUUCGGCAACCUCCCAAAUCUUUCCUUCCUAAAUCUUUCUGGUAACAGCCUUUCGUCUCCCAUCCCCACACAAUUUGCCAACAUCACCACAUUAACUGUUCUUGAUCUGAGCUCCAAUACCUUCUCCGGAGAACUACCAUCAGAGCUCACAAGAUUAAACAACCUGCAGAGAUUAUCACUCGGGAACAAUUUACUUUCGGGUAACUUAUCAAGCAAUUUGCUUUCACUUCCUAGAUUGAUUUUCCUCGAUGUUUCUGACAACAAUCUCACUGGUUCUUUACCUAAUCUUGAUUUCAACCCUAAUGUCACAUCCGGGAUGUUAAAUCUUUCCCAUAACAUGUUCUAUGGUGGGAUCACUUCCAUUUUAAGAAAAUUCAAUUCAGUGGACCUUUCAUACAAUUACUUCAUGGGAACAGUUCCAAAUUAUGAAAGAUUCACAAUUUUAACAAAAAACUGUCUCAGAAACGCGACAACUCAGCGAACUGUUCGACAAUGUGCAACAUUCUAUUCGCUUAUCGGACUCCCAUUUGACAAUUUCGGCCUCCCGAAUGGCACUCUACCGCCACCGGAAACCGCCAGUAAAACCAACAAACGGUGGAUCAUACUGGCGGCGGUUUUGGGCGGUGUUGGCAUCCUCGUCCUCCUUGCAAUCAUCAUGAUACUGGUGGUUGUAUGUUGCCGGAAAAGACGCGCCGCUAGUCCGAGAAGAACCGGGGUGGGCCCCGCUCCGGCCGCCACCACCGCCGCCGCACCGCCGCCUUCCGGGGUGGAUUUUUCCAGUCUGGGAGAAUCUUUCACUUACCAGCAGAUUGUUGCAGCCACUGGUGAUUUCAGUGAUGAGAAUUUGAUAAAAAAUGGACAUUCGGGUGAUCUUUUUAGGGGUGUUCUUGAAGGUGGGAUACAAAUAAUUGUGAAAAGAUUUGACUUGGAGUCAACAAAAGAUGGGUAUAUGAUGGAAUUGGAUUUAUUUAGCAAGAUUUCACAUCCCCGAUUGGUGCCACUUUUGGGGCAUUGUUUGGAGGGCGAAAAUGGAAAGUUUUUGAUUUAUAAAUACAUGCCAAAUGGCGACUUAUCAGGUGCUUUGUAUAGAAAAAGUGAUUCAGAUGAUGAUAGUUUACAGUCGUUGGAUUGGAUCACAAGAUUGAAGAUUGCAUUAGGGGCAGCUGAAGGACUUUCUUACCUUCAUCAUGAAUGUACUCCACCUCUUGUUCACAGAGAUGUUCAAGCAAGCAGUAUACUUCUUGAUGAUAAAUAUGAGGUGAGAUUAGGGAGUUUAAGUGAAGUUUGUCCUCAAGAAGGAGAAAGUCAUUCAAAUCGUUUCACAAGGAUGCUAAGAUUACCACAGACAUCCGAACAAGGUGCUUCCGGUGUGGGGACCGCGACAUGUGCGUAUGACGUGUACUGUUUUGGGAAAGUAUUGCUUGAGCUAGUAACGGGCAAAAUGGGAAUUAGUGCAACAAAUGAUCCAACAACAAACACAAAAGAUUUACUAGAAACAAUCCUUCCAUACAUCAACAUAUACGAUAAAGAACUUGUGACCAACAUUGUGGACCCCUCGUUAAUCAUAGAUGAAGAUUUGCUCGAAGAGGUGUGGGCCAUGGCGGUGGUGGCUCGAUCUUGUCUCAACCCUAAGCCCGCCAGACGGCCGCUAAUGAGAUACAUUUUGAAAGCUUUGGAGAAUCCAUUGAAGGUGGUGAGAGAAGAAAGUGGAAGCUCCGCUAGGUUGAGGACACCCUCUUCUAGAGGGUCGUGGAAUGCCGCUUUGUUUAGUAGCUGGCGGAAUAGCUCCACCGAGAUGGCGGCGGUAGUGGCGGGGCCGAGUAGUUUGAAACAGUCCGGGACCACCGGGUCUCAGUCUCAGGGAAGCGGCGGCGGAGGUGGUGGUUAUAAUGGUGGUGGUGGUGGUGGGGAUUCGAAGAGGUCGAAGGAUGUGUUUCCUGAGCCGUUGGAUGUGCAAGAUGAGGAGAGAUCCAACGGUGGGUAUUGAUGUGGAUGAUUAUAUAGAAAAGAGAUGAUUUGUUUUUUCUUUUUUUCUUUUUUUAAAUUGGGUAUACAAGAGA